CUCCGCGCUUUUGACUUUGUCCUUUCUUCUUCUCUUCACAUCCAUCCAUCCACCUUUCCACUCAUCUCUGUUGCCAGGCGCACAGAGCACUCAUUCCACUUCGACACCAUCAACAAACGUCCCGGCGACGCUCUCCUCCUCCUCUCCCCUUCCCCCCUCCAUUACUUUCCUCUUAAUCAUGUCGCUUUUGGUCAAGACUCUGGCGGCUGGUCUCGCCCUCUCGUCGGUCAACGCGGCUGGUUCGCACAAUGCUAUCGUGGAGCGUAACGGUGUGCUUGCUGGCUCCUAUGUGAACAACAUCACCGUCUCCGCUACCAAUGUCGUUCAGUGCGGCCAGGCGACCGUUUCGUGGACUGGUACCACGGGCAACGUCGAGCUCGAGAUCGGCUGGGGCGGCAUGUACGUCGGCACCAAGGUCAUCACGACGAUCGAAAACCUCUCGGGCGGUAGCACCAGCUGGCAGGUGACUGCCCAGCCCAGCCAGGGCUCCCUCAUCUUCCAGGUCACCGACGCCAACGGCAAGAUCGGCUACAUCCAGGGCGUGCCCGUGCAGCCCAGCUCGGACUCUUCGUGUCUGUCUGGCUCCGGCGCGGCCCCCAGCAGCAGCCACGACCCGAACAACGACAACACGACCCCCGACCCUCCUGCCCCCGUUCCGCAGACCACCAACGCUGGCAACCCGCCCAACCCCAAUGCUUCGGGUGCUUCGGGCUCCAACGGCGGCGGCUCGUCCAACUCUGGCUCGAGCGGCUCGAACUCGAACGGUUCGGACUCGAACGGUUCCGGCAGCGCUGGCUCGGGUUCGGGUUCGGAAAACCCGGCGUCUCCGUCCAGCUCGUCGAGCGCUGCUGGCUCUGAUGCCGGCUCAGGCUCCAACAACGGCGGCGCCGCCUCGCCCUCUCCUGCGGCUGGCUCGCCCGCCGCUCCUGGCGACGCUGGCAACGCGGCUGCCACUCCCUCCUCCCAGUCGGUUGUCGUCGUGACUGCCACAAGCCAGGGCCCCAUCGUGGUCACUCGCACCUCGUCCGUCGUCGCAUCGGCUUCCAACGCCGCUGUCGGUGCCAAUGCCGGCAGUGCCGCCUCGCCACGUGCGGUCGCGUCCUUCGCAAUUACCCUUACCGCUGCGCUGGCUGCGAUCGGCGCCUUUGCGCUCUAAACAUGAGGCUUGGCGAAAUGGCGUUCUAGAAGACUGCGUGGAUCGCGUGGAUCGCGGGGAGGAGCAUUUGCUGAGGGUCGUUGCGGGCCCCAGCCAAGGAGACUUUGUAGGCUAAGUGGGCAGUAUGCAUUAGUGUGUGACAUGUG